AUGGAUGCCUUCAGGAAGGGGCUCAUCCCUAAUAGGGAACUUUACAAAGAUCUUACUAAACUGGGUUACAAUACCAUGGAGGAUGCUCUGGCCCGAGCAAUCAUUCAAAUAAGGUGGGAGGAGGAUGAGGCAAAUCGUAGAAGGUUAAGCAAUGUAAAUGGAAGUGGUUUGGGUAUAGUAUUGGUUACUCCAGAUGGCGAAGUCAUCCAGUGGGCCAUCUGGUGCGGUUUCAAGUGUACAAAUAAUGAAGCUCGGUAUAAGGCUCUAAUAGCCGGUCUUUCACUUGCGAAGGAGAUAUGGGUGACAAGGUUGGAAGUCAAGUCUGAUUCCCAACUCGUAGUAAAUCAACUACAAAGCACCUAUCAGGGUCGAGACUCAAAGAUGACAACAUACGUAAACUUGGUCAAAGAGCUUCAGUCGGCCUUCAACGAGUUCACAAUAUGCCAAGUCCCCAAAACUAAGAACACCCAUUUUGAUGCACUCUCCAACCUCGGUUCAACCCUUUAA